AUGUUCCAGCGCGUUUCUCCGCAGUUUUGUGCGGCUGGCGGACGGCAGACGGAGGCUGCCCCAUCUGGCGGUGCAUGGAGUGCGCCGCCGCGGCCCGACGGCAGGCUGCCUGCAGCGCCCGCCGCGCAGGUGGUCAACGAGGACAAAUCCACCCCGACCCCCCAUCAUCGUCGUUCACUGAACGGCCCCUGUGCGUUUGCGGAGCAGCGCCUCCUUCUUCGCUUCCGUCGCCGGGCGCGUUUACGACACCGUUGCUUCGUCGGGGUGGUUAUCAUCGGGGUGGAGCUCCAGCCCGCUGGGUGGGCGCAUCAACUGCAGUGCCGUUUUUAA